CUCCCCAAUCUCCUCUUCUCUCCUCUAACACACCACCCAACCUCACUUCCACCUACCUAAAAGGGUCAAAAGCAAAGACUCCCGGAGAAGGCAAGGGUUAGUCCCAUCUCCUCGGAUCUGAGGAGGCCUCGGGCAGGAAUUGGCGCUGUGACUGAUAAUCUUUCAGGAAACGAGAAACAAAAACCCAGAGACCCAGCCAGGGCUAUCGGGGACCAUGUAGCUUGCAGCUGAAUCCAGAGCACCGAGAUUUUAAUUCAAAGAACCCAGUCCUGGGACACUCAAGCUGCCCGCCUGCCAUCGAAGACUUCAGAGCUCUGGUCGUGAGCUCCCUGUUACUGGCUUCGCAGCGCUAGGUGCGCGCCCGGCUCUCCCAUUGGUAUGCAGAGACCAUUUCGCUGCAAGUCUCGAAGGUGGAAACACUUAAAAGGAUUACAAGCGUGAUUUGGUGGCCUUUCUGAAAGUUGGUGGCCGGAGGAAAAGAAACUGCAAGGCUACGGCAUGAUGGAUACAAUUCACUCUCUCAGAGUGUUUGCAGCUCCCGCUGGAAAACCCUUCGGAGCAAACCUCGGAGAUCUUGAGCGCUCUGCACGGAUAGCUGUGUAAUCAACGACGAAUGACGAAACCUUCCGUAUCUGAGAUGCUUCACAGAGGGAGGAUGUUGUGGAUAAUUCUUCUAAGCACAAUUGCUCUAGGAUGGACUACCCCGAUUCCCCUGAUAGAGGACUCAGAGGAAAUAGAUGAGCCCUGCUUUGAUCCAUGCUACUGUGAAGUUAAAGAAAGCCUCUUUCAUAUACAUUGUGACAGUAAAGGAUUUACAAAUAUUAGUCAGAUUACAGAGUUCUGGUCAAGACCUUUCAAAUUGUAUCUGCAGAAGAAUUCAAUGAGGAAAUUGUACACCAACAGUUUUCUUCAUUUGAAUAAUGCUGUGUCCAUUAACCUUGGGAACAAUGCAUUGCAAGACAUUCAAACAGGAGCUUUCAAUGGUCUUAAGAUUUUAAAGAGGCUGUAUCUACAUGAGAACAAACUAGAUGUCUUCAGAAAUGACACCUUCCUUGGCUUGGAAAGUCUGGAAUACCUGCAGGCAGAUUACAAUGUUAUUAAACGUAUCGACAGUGGGGCAUUUCGGAACCUAAGUAAAUUGAGGGUUCUGAUUUUAAAUGAUAAUCUCAUCCCCAUGCUUCCAACUAAUUUAUUUAAGGCUGUCUCCUUAACCCAUUUGGACCUCCGGGGAAACAGGUUAAAGGUUCUUUCUUACCGAGGAAUGCUAGACCACAUUGGCAGAAGCCUGAUGGAGCUCCAGCUGGAAGAAAAUCCCUGGAACUGUACGUGUGAGAUUGUGCAACUGAAGAGUUGGCUGGAACGCAUUCCUUACACUGCCCUGGUGGGAGACAUCACCUGUGAGACCCCUUUCCAUUUCCAUGGAAAGGACCUACGAGAAAUUAGGAAGACAGAACUCUGUCCCUUGUUGUCUGACUCUGAGGUAGAAGCUAGUUUGGGGAUCCCCCACUUGUCAUCAAGCAAGGAGAAUGCUUGGCCAACUAAGCCUUCCUCCAUGUUGUCCUCUGUCCACUUCACUGCUUCUUCUGUUGAAUACAAGUCAUCAAAUAAACAGCCUAAACCCACCAAGCAGCCCCGAACACCAAGGCCACCCUCCACAUCUCAAGCUUUAUACCCUGGUCCAAACCAACCUCCCAUUGCUCCUUACCAGACCAGACCACCCAUUCCCAUUAUAUGCCCUACUGGGUGUACCUGUAAUUUGCACAUCAACGACCUUGGCUUGACUGUCAACUGCAAAGAGCGAGGAUUUAAUAACAUUUCUGAACUUCUUCCAAGGCCACUGAAUGCCAAGAAAUUGUACCUGAGUAGCAAUCUGAUUCAGAAAAUAUACCGUUCUGACUUUUGGAAUUUCUCUUCCUUGGAUCUUUUGCAUCUGGGAAACAAUCGUAUUUCUUAUGUCCAGGAUGGGGCCUUCAUCAACCUGCCCAACCUAAAGAGCCUCUUUCUAAAUGGCAAUGAUAUUGAGAGGCUGACACCAGGCAUGUUCCGAGGUCUGCAGAGUUUGCACUACUUGUACUUCGAGUUCAAUGUCAUCCGGGAAAUCCAGCCUGCAGCCUUCAGCCUCAUGCCCAACUUGAAGCUGCUAUUCCUCAACAACAACUUGCUGAGGACCCUGCCAACAGAUGCCUUUGCAGGCACAUCCCUGGCUCGGCUCAACUUGAGGAAGAACUACUUCCUCUACCUUCCUGUGGCUGGUGUCCUAGAACACUUGAAUGCCAUUGUCCAGAUAGACCUCAAUGAGAAUCCUUGGGACUGUACCUGUGACCUGGUCCCCUUCAAACAGUGGAUUGAAACCAUCAGUUCAGUCAGUGUGGUGGGUGAUGUGCUUUGCAGAAGCCCUGAGAACCUCACCCACCGUGAUGUGCGCACUAUUGAGCUGGAAGUUCUCUGCCCAGAGAUGCUGCACAUUGCGCCAGCUAGAGCAUCCCCAGGUCAACCCGGAGAUUCUCUCUUUGCUGGGAAGCCAACAAGUGCAUCACCUUAUGAGUUCUCUCCCCCUGGGGGCCCCGUGCCACUUUCUGUGUUGAUUCUCAGCCUGCUGGUUCUGUUUUUCUCAGCAGUCUUUGUUGCCGCAGGCCUCUUUGCCUAUGUGCUCCGACGGCGCAGGAAGAAGCUACCCUUUAGAAGUAAGCGGCAGGAAGGUAUGGACCUUACUGGUAUCCAGAUGCAAUGCCACCGGCUAUUUGAGGAUGGUGGAGGUGGUGGAGGUGGAAGUGGAGGUGGGGGUCGACCAACUCUUUCCUCCCCGGAGAAGGCCCCUCCUGUGGGUCAUGUAUAUGAGUACAUCCCGCACCCAGUUACCCAGAUGUGCAACAAUCCGAUCUACAAGCCUCGUGAGGAGGAGGAGGUUGUUUCCUCCGUCCAAGAGGCCGGGAGUGCAGAAUGUGGGGGUCCUGGGACACAACCACCAGGUAUGGGUGAGGCUCUGCUAGAAAGCGAGCAGUUUGCUGAGACACCCAAGGAGAACCACAGCAACUACCGGACCUUGCUGGAAAAGGAAAAGGAGUGGGCGCUGGCAGUGUCCAGCUCCCAGCUCAACACCAUAGUGACAGUGAAUCACCACCACCCUCACCCUCACCACCCAGCAGUUGGUGGGGUUUCAGGGGUAGUUGCGGGAACUGGGGGAGACUUGGCUGGGUUCCGCCACCAUGAGAAGAAUGGUGGGGUGGUGCUGUUUCCUCCUGGGGGGGGCUGUGGUGGUGGCGGCACUAUGCUGCUAGACCGCGAGAGACCACAGCCUGCCUCCUGCACAGUGGGAUUCAUGGACUGUCUCUACGGCACAGUGCCCAAAUUAAAGGAACUGCACGUCCACCCUCCUGGCAUGCAAUACCCAGACUUACAGCAGGAUGCCAGGCUCAAAGAAACCCUUCUCUUCUCAGCUGGAAAGGGCUUCACAGACCACCAAACCCAAAAAAGUGAUUACCUCGAGUUAAGGGCCAAACUUCAAACCAAGCCGGAUUACCUCGAAGUCCUGGAGAAGACAACAUAUAGGUUCUAAAAGAAAAAGAAAAAGAAAAAGAAAUCAGUGCUUUUUUUCAAAAGAAAAGGAAAAUAAAAGAAAUAUAUCCUUUGCUCCCUUUACAUUUGUCCUAAUAACUCCAUUCUCACAAACUUCCCUGCCCUGAACAAAACUGAAACCGCAUGAUAACUAGAAAAUACAGAUGUAUGCUCUCCUCUCCCAGAUGUGAUUUGGAGGAAGGGCCAUACUCAGAUCAUUAAUCAAUGAAGUGCCUUCGCAGACUUUUGCCAGCAAAUGUUAUCAUUAUUUUUUUAUACUGAAUCUUGAGACUUUGACUGUGCCAUGUAUAAGGUAUAUUGGGGAUCGUUAUAUUGAUCCUAAUUAAGUAAAAUUUAAUGUCUUUUUAUUUUCAGUAAUUUUUAUUUUUUAGUUGUAGUUUUGUUUGAUGGGGAGUGGGGGAAACAAAUUGACAUUUGUGGCUCUUUUUUCUUCCCAUCAUGGCACAGAUUCUGUACAUGUAUUAACAAUGCAGUUUGCUGCAUGCCUGGAAACUGCAAGACGGGGAGGGAGGGGGCGGGUCUUGCUCGAAUGUUCUCACCCAUUCUUUUUUCUCUCACACACAUACCUACAUACAAAUCACAAAUUCCUGCACACAGGUCCCUAAACCUGCAGCCUCUUCCUUCUGAUGCAGGUAGACACACACACACACACAUGCAUUCAACCCAAUCUAAUUAGUUCAGGUUUGAUCCAUUCCUCUCCUCUCCAUAGCUUCACCUUCCCUUCACCCCUAGUGUACAGCUCACAACAUCUUUCCUACCAUCCUGGGAAAAAUCAUAUUCUAAGCUGAAUCCUACUGAAGUUGAAGCCUGGUGGUUUAACACCAGAGGCACACACCUAGGGAAGAGCACCUUCUUUGUGACACUUCAUCCUGAUGCCAAGAUUUUUUGGAGAACAUCUGCACUUUCUUAUAUAUAUAUACAUACAUAUAUAUAUGUAUAUAUAUAUGUGUGAUAUAUAUACAUAUAUAUAUGUAUAAUUAACAAGACAUAAAAAGCAACUGAGUAUAUUAUCACUAACAGCUUUGUAGGAAGCACUUUUAAUGUUUUCUCUCACACACAAAGAUUCAAAAGAAAUGUGCAUAUAUUUAUUCUGUAAUUUCAGUGAUUAUAAAUUGUAAACGUAAUGUUUAAUCAUUGUAUAGUGAUUAUGCGUCUGGUAUAGCUUUCCUAAUAAAAAGUUUUUGAAAAACAUAAUACAUUAUAUAUAGAGGAUACAAAGCUCGAACCUUAAACUCCAGCUAUGCCAUGCCUUUUGUGCUCACAUUAAAAAAAAAUUCUUUAUUUACUUGUUAUAAAGAAAGAUAGUUUAUUAACAAAUUUGAUGCACUGUGAUGUUGAUAAAUUUCAUAACCCACCACCCCCAUCCCACAUGAGGAUACAAGUGAAACUUUAAAAAAAUCUGAUUUAUAUAGUUGACUUCUUUCUCUUCGAUUAUGAAUUUCAAACUUAGUAAUCCAAUGAUGUACUAUUUUUCCUAGGCAGGAUGCAAUUAGGAGAAAAUAAAAUAACUAGAUUGCUAAGAAGAAAAGGAUUAUGUGGAGGAGAUAAUCAAGGAUCCAUGAAUCUUAAGGUAGUAAGUAAAUGACAUAAAGGAACGGAAAGUAAAAUUGUUAUUCUUUAAAAAAUAUAAACUAAAAUCAAACACACUUACACAUACAUGCACACGCCAAAACUCUAAAGCCUUGGAGCCAAUUUGACUGUAAGAAUCCUAUUGUCUGUGAAAUUUGUCACUAUUUACUUGUUUUUUCCAACCACUUACUGCAACGGGCCCAAGUCAUGCUUGAACUAAAACAAAGGAUGCUGAAUUAACUUUUCUUUCUGUAUGACAUGAAAAUGAUGUUGAAAAUUAAUCUGAUAAUAAUCCAAGUUAUAUUCCAUUUACAUGUGAGCGAAACCAAAGAAAGCCGGUUUUUUAAGGUUCCAGUUUCUUGUGGAGGAAACUAAACUGAGAAACCUGAGGCUUUGAGGUAGGAACUUAACUCAUGUUACCAGUAGAGGGCAGCAGAGUUCCAGAGAUUCACAGACCCUGUAGCUGCAGAAUUGGGUAGUGAAGCCAGUGUUCCCUGCUAGUGUUUUCUCAAGCUGCCCUUAGUAGAAAGUAUCAUGUGUUGAAUGUAGCUCACCGCAAGUCACUGAUGCCUUACAUAACAUUUUUUUCCCAUAAAAAAAGGAUACUAGCAACUUUUAAAGCUGUGUAACUGAUACAAAAAACUAAGGCAUUGUACUUAAAAAAGAAGCUCCAUAAAUGACUAUGAGGAUUAUAUAUUGAUUAAUUAUAUAUCGUAUCAACAUAGAUAUGCAUAAAAUAAAAAACAAGUAUAUCAAUAUAAAAAUGCAACUUUUCAGGGCUACCUUGUAUUUGGCACAUUGUACUGAAAACUUGUCCUCCAUUAUUUGAAGUGUAUUUUGGAAUUACUUCAGGUAAUGAAAAGCCCAUUAACAUCAUUCACUGUUUCUAUACAUAGAGUAUUGAAAUGUAGCUCUUCAUUUAAAAGGAUCAGGCCCGCUCUUAAAUAGGCACCAUUCCUUUUUUGCUUACUCUCCUCUUCUUUUUACUUUCCCAUAAGUCACUUUUCUCCUCACUAUUUCAUAUUCUUUAUUUUCUAAUCAUCUCUCCCUCCUUGAAAUCUUUAAGGCACAGGAAGUCAGUACUAACCUUUUUGUUUUUUAAAACCUUAUCUAUGAAGUCCCUAUAAACUAGUGAUUUAUCAUGUCUCUAUUUCUCUUAAUCAGAUAUUUUGGUGAAUAGUAGAAAGCAUGUGCAUAGUAAAAACCCAAAGUGCAAACCUAGAUACUUCUGACAAUAAUCACCAUUUCAUUAAUAACUGUGCACACAUUCAUAACAUGGCAUAUUAUACAAAUCAGGUCAAAGUACAAUCCCUAAUGAUUCUGGUGCUUUUGACAUUUGAAAAAUGAGUGCCCAUAAAUCAUCAAAUUACAAUACAACUUGAUACUUAUGUUUAUAUUUAUUAAAUACAGAAAGUAAGACUGUCUUGUCUUAAGUAUAGCUAGUAAUUUCACCCCUUGAAUGAGGAAUAAAUUUAAUUAGUGAAAAUAAAUUUAUAUGAAAAUGGAAUUUUGUAUUAAAGGAGGUAAUUUGUCGCUUCCAUGAAGCUUUCUACCCCCUUGGCUGGGCCACUUACUUUAGAUGUACAUUAGAAUUACUUAAAUUACCUUUGAUUUAUAAUGCCAGAUAUGUUUUCUUAAAGUACCAUGGAUAUUAAUAUAAGUACUAUGAUUAGAAUUUGUUCUAUGUCCUUGUUGCAGUAAAAUGAUUAUUUUUGAGAAAAAGAUUACUGAUUUGCUUCACAGUGAUGGCCAAUUAGACUAAAGGGGACCCAGGUCUGACAGACACUUGCUAUUAUUCAUUGCUAUUUUAGUAUAAAUCAUAGUAAAUUAUACUUGAAAACAAUACAAUGUAAUGUCUGUUUAACUACGAGAUGGUGAGUGGAAAAUAAUUGAAAGUGAACUAUUAGUUUGAUUCAGUAACAGUUUUAACAUUAUUUAUCUUAUGCAGUAUUAUUUAUGUAGAUGCUUUUAUGUUUUUAUUUAAAAAGCUAUAUUAUUUCAUUUAAUUGCAAAAUACUAAAAAAUAAUAUAUAUAAGAAUGAUUACCACCAUAUUUUAAAUAAAAGUUUAGAGAGAUAGGGAUCACAGGAAAAUUUAAUAACUGAGCUUGAAAAUUGUUUUUGUCUUACCUAGGAAUGUUAGUUUUAAACCUUUGAUAGUUGAAAAGAAUAUGUGUAUUUAGCAUUAUAAACAUUAACAAUGCAAUUGCAUAUGAACUGUUCUUUAGCCAUUGCAACAAAUUAUUUUGAUUCAUUUAGUGUAAAUUAAUUGUCCAUAUAGUCCUACACCCUUUUUCAAUUAUGUUGUCUAAGGCAAUAAAGAUUGCAUUUUUGUAAAAUGGCUAUGACAAAGGAAACAAAUUCUUCGUGAGAUACAUGACUAUAAUGAGUUAAGAUAGUAUGAGAGGAAAUGGUAGUAAAAGGAUGCUCCACCUUAAGUGAUUUGAGAUAGUUUAAUUUGGGCUUAGACAUUUAUAACUUAUACUUAGUUCAAAACCCUCAACUGUGAAAAUUCAGGUGACAGAACAUAAGUAACUAUCAUAAAUUUCACUAUAUAAGUGUUCUGUUUAAUAUAUUAUAGGCCUUUUAAAAAUAAUAGGAGCAAUAACAUGUGUAAUUGGGCAAUCGUGUGUGUGUGCAUGUAUAUAUAAUACUAUUAUGUAUAAUAGUAUUAUAUAUACUUGAUUAUAGUUACAUGUAAAUUAUGCUUUUUCUCACAUGUAUAACAAUUUCAGGUUUAUGUAUUUAUUUCUCUUGCUUCUGUCUAGCUAACAUCCAAGUGAAGCGGAAUAAAAUUACGUUGAAAAUAUUCACAUGUAAAAAGUUAACACUGUAAUUAUAAUUUCUGAAUUUAAAAGUUAUUUUAUCUUCGAACUUGUUUUAUUUUUUAUUUAAGUAAUGGGGAAAAAUCUCAGUCAAAUUGUGAUUUACUUUAAGUCCUCAGUAAAGAAAAUAAUCUCAUUAAUAUGCAAUUUAAGUCAAAUGAAAAAAGUAUUUUCUCAUUUUUCUAUUUCUAGAAUAAAUUGGUGAAAAUAAUUUCAAUAGCUUUAUUAAUUUGGUAAGACUUUUCUAAUUUAUCUAGGUAUGUAGAAAGAAUGAAAUCUUGAAGGUAAAUGUAAGAGAAGCACCUGUUUAAGACAUUCAUUUUUCUGUUUUACUUUUAAUAUCAUCCUUUAUUUAAAAUGUAUGCUAAUAGUAAUAAUAAUAAUAAUAAGCAGAGAUGACUAUUUUAGUAUGCUUUCAUUAAAUCUGAGUUGAAGAAGAAGAUUUUUCAUAUCAAGAAAGCAGAUGUACACAGGGGUUGCUAGUUGUGAAGAUAAAAUGGUUUGGCCAGCUUCUUAAAUUCGGAUAAUGUUUGCUCCUGAAAACAAUAUAUGUAUUUUUGAGAAUAUGUAUUAUUUCCUCUCUAUUGCACUGAUACAAGGUGAUUUUUCACCUGCUUUUAAAAUUCUAAUAGAAAAUAAUACUUGUGAACCUCAAAGAGCUAUAGCCAAGAAAGUAUUAUAAUAAAUUUGUACUUGACCCAAACCCUAAAAUAUUUUUAAACAGUAAAACACAAAUGAACAUUAGUAAAAAGACUUUCUUCAUUACCACCAGUGACAAAAAGGACAGCAUACCUAAUUAAAUAUUUCUUUAGUAUGUUCAGUCCAUGCACUAGUUUAUGAAUAGUACAAAGAAUUGAUAGAGUUAGCAGUGUGUUAAACUGUAUCAAAAUCAAACAAGUUCCAUCAAAAAGAAUGUGCUAAUGACCAGUCAAAACAAUUCUGAACACUUAAAUUCAAUUGUAAUAAUUAGCAGGUCAUUCUCCUGAUUACGAAAGGUACCACAUUAUCGAUACUGUAUUAUAUGUGAAUACAGGGCUUUUGUGCUUUUGACAUAUUUUACUACAAACUUUCAGGUUCAGAGUUUAUUUGGGUGGUGGAAGACUAAUGAUUUUUGGUAGAACUUAAAACGAGAGAAUGACUUUUCUCAUCUUAGGAGUGGCAAAAAUUAGCUCUGAAAAAAGAUGUUAAAACAAAGAUGUCACUUGAUUGUGUAGAGACAUGGAAAAAAGUUCUCUUCUACCUUGUGGCCUAUUCCUUUCACUAUUUCUGACUGCCCAGCUUCUACUUUUGUUUCUGACUCAUUACCAACACAUUCUUGUGACUAAAGGCACAUUCACUGAGCUCAAAUUAGGUGCCAAGGCAAGAUCAGGAAUUGAUGAGAGUCCUCACACCCAGUGACAAAAUGUCCAAUUCACUUUUCUUUGUACAUAGGCUGAGAAAAUAAUUCAACAUACCUACUUUCAUUGUGAAAUCAUAUAUAAGUCUGGUGAAAAAACUCAAACCAAUGAUAAAACUAGAACCACUUCUGGAAAUCAAGAGAGACUCAGCAAAUGCUUUAAAAAUGGAGUUUAUUUUUAAAAUAUCAAAGCCUUGCUUUUCCUCCUCUGAAAUGCCCUUUGUCUUUUCCAUGGCAUCCAAAUAUUGGCUUAAUUGGAAUUAAAAUACAAAUGUAAAAAAUAUAUAUAUAUUAAGACCACCUCCUCUUACUGGAAUCCACACAUUUUCAGUAAUUUUUCAUUAUUUACAGUGUAUACUUUCUAUUCAGCUGUUACAUUGUUGCUUGGAAUUCUAAGGUUUUGUUUUUGUUUUUUUCCCACAGAAUUCUGGUAAAACAAUUUAUCUUAAAAUGUGCUCUUUUUUGAUGUGUGGUAACUAACUUUAUAAUAAAAACAAGUCUGUCAAUAUGUAAACUAUUAAUUAUAUACUGUAAUUUGGGAGAAAGAAACCUUUAAAGUCUAUCUAAAUUGGACACUUUAUAUGUAUUAAAUUGAGUUGGGUUUUUUGUUCCUACUUGUGCUCUUCUUCACCAGAUUUGGAUUCAAAGUGAAAUCUGUUCCUCUAUUUCUAAUUAAGAGUUCAUCAAAUGUUUUGCUUUUCUAGUUGUCAAAAAAAAAAA